AUGCGCCAUGCUUUAACCUUCGCUGAAGAAACUGGCUUCCAGCAGAUUAUUGUAGCUUCUGGUUGUGCUAAUUUGGUCAGUAAGGUGAAAAGUGGAGAGAAGAACAGAUCUCACAUAGUUGCCAUAGUCUUUGAUAUUAAGAGAAGAGUUCCAAAGUUCAUGCCAUGGCCAUUAUUUGCACUGAACAAAUUUCUGAAUGCAUAUACGAAGCUGUCUUUUCAGCCCGAACCGGUACCACUCGAGGAAAAAAGGACACCCUUACCUCCCGCACCCACGCCCCUCCACCGUGACCAACUGACCACCGUCGCCGCCUCCUUCCACCGCGCCGACAGCAUCCCUCCACCGCACGCCGACCCUUACUUCCCCGUGCUGGCCGUAUCCCUGCCCCGCGCGCCGCCCCUCCUUCCCCGCAUCGGCCAUCUCCCUGCCCCGCGCGCCAGCCCCUCCUUCCCCCGCGCCGACCGCCUCUCCCCACUGUGCGCCACCCUCCUCCUUCCCCCGCGCCGCCGGUCUCCAUAUCCUUUCCCUGACCCGCCGGACGACGCAUCCUUCCCAGAUCCCGCCGCCCCGCAACACAACCGGCGCCGCGGCUGGCGCCCCGCACCAGAUUCAUGCGCUGCUACUGCUCUACCACCAUGUGCAGGCAGUUCAACGCUACAACCACAGGCCGUUCAAUCUCUCCGCCAUGGACAUGCCCUCCACCUCCUUCUGGCUGCCUCUCAUCCCGGUGUGGCCAGGGCAUUGGGUUCGCCGCCGCUGCGACCAGCAGUCCAACCCGGCCGUCCCAGGCCGUUCACCCGUCGCAGCUCCCAGGCCGACUGUGUCGAGCCACCUUCCGCCCGCACCUUGGGCUCCCAUAUGCGUCCCCUACCCCAGCUGGUGGCGGAGAAUCAGUAAGUGCUACUACUGGUGUACGCCAAGUUCAAGGAUUUUGCCAAGCUUGAGCAUCCACUGGCUUCGACCUCCACCCGCUGCCGCACGCCUGGGAUUCGCAACCUCCAACCUCGCGUGGACCUCGGCUGGUUUCUCUGUCCCGAGUGCCACCGCCGGCCUCCCUGCAGCAUGGCUUCGGUUCCCUCUCCGGAUGCGUCUGCGCCAACCAUCUUUACGAGGCUACCCUAUUCCUUCGCUGGACUACUCUUUCCACCAGCAUCCCCCCUAGCAAACCUCAUGUCUCAUAUUUGUUCUUAUUUUCUUGCAGGAUGCAUCAAAAAGCCAGAUUCACAAAUUCAUCUUCUAAAUGCUUUUGAGUUCAUCGACUUCCCAUUGACAAGAAAGUUUCUGAGUACGCGAUGCGUCGAUGGACGGAUCCCAGGCGGCCAAACGCGACAUGUUUUGUCCUGCGCCUAGAAGCUUUGGAGGCAGUACUUCCUCGACCGAUCCAGCAGUGCUAGUUCAUAUAGAACUUGAAAUUACCUAUCUGCCAUGGGGAUGUACUGCCCUCAGUCCUCAACAAAACUAGUAGUACAGGUUCUCUGCUAUACAUAUUAAUAAGUUUUUAACAUGUACUACAUCUUUUCAGUACAAACUUUUAAAAAGUUUCUUUUUGAACUUCUCACAAUUAAUAUACAUGAACUUGAUUAGCUUUUUAACAUGUACUGAUAUCAACUUCAUUGGAUUUUUGUGCGCGUGCUUGUAACAGUCAGUUCAGAUCUCGAGAGACCAUAAGUUCAAGUUCACUAGUAUUUUUAAAUGUUGGUUGCAGUACUAGUAUUUACAGAUUUCUUAUAAUUUCCACAGGUCAGGCCGUACACAUUUCUUAUUUCUAUUGCUAUAAGUUCAAGUGAUCAAAUGCUAUAAGCUCGCAUGUUAUUCUCCAAUUAGUUCAAGUGAUCAUUGUUUUAUUUUAUUGUGUAUAUGUCUAAGAGUAAACUUUGUGACCUGAACUUUCUACUUGCUGCUUAGAGAAGGCCCCAUUUGUGGCAUGAACUUUCUUCUUAUUGCUUAGAGAAGGUCCCUUGGAAAAGAUGACUAGCUUUCCAAGUUGGGUUAUCCUCAAACAGUUUAUAUUUUAAUAUGGAAUAGGAAAAUAUGUUUGCUUUGGAGUGUGUUUUACAACUAGAACCUUUGAGACUUCAUAUUCUUUGCGUAUGCAAAAAAACAGAGGACAAAAGUUGGCUACCUGCGUGUAGUUUUUAUAAUUUCCAUGGGAAACUAAUAUUCAUGCACCUCUUUGGUGGAUGUUUUGAUAUAUUUCCUUCAUGAAUUGUAGUUGUCGGAUGGUGUUACACAAUUACUAUUCUAGCAUCAUUAUUUAUAUUGUAUUUUUAGCAUUCUUGCAACCCUAUUAACAACAUCUUUUUGUGCAGUGUUUGUUGUUGUUUUUUUAUUUAUGGACAUCUUGGGCUUGCUGGGUGCAGAAUCAAGAAUGUUGGAAAAGAGACGAGCGAGAGAGACAACAAAUGAUUCAACUGUUCUCUUCAUUGAUGAUGAUUUACAUUAUAUAUCCCCUGAGGGGACGCAUCCACCGGACGCGGCGUUUGGAAGAGAAGGGAGAGAAAGAUGCGACGGUUAGCAUAUGGCUAACUGCCUCCUAAUUACAACAUGGGGAUUAUCCACAUAAUUAAUUGUAACACUCCCCCUAAUCUACACUUGUUCAUGCAAAAUCAUCAUCUUGAUUAGAGACUCCUCCAAAAACCCUGUGGGAAAAAUAUGAGGAGUAUAGUGUUUUAUAUGUUGCCAAAACUCCUUUAAACCCGGUGCGAAAAAUAAGGAGAAAAUGACGCAAUAUAUAAUGGUUAUCGUCUCUUUUAACUCAAUAUGAGAAAAUCCAUAGAGUUUAGAGAACAAUAAAUAUGCCGUAUAUACUUCCCUAAAAACCCCGGUGGGGAAAACAGAAAGUAUGGCAUAUGAUCAUGUGUUGAUAUUACCUCAUUAAAAACCUUUAUGAGAACCUGUAAAGUAAACUCAUGAAGGGAAAAAGAGUAUAAUAUGAUGCAUUGAACAGGAACAAUUUAGGAAGAUACUCCCCCUGAUUCUUGCAAAAUUCGAAGCCGUCACAUACCAAUUCCGUGAAAAGUUGGUAGAGACUUUAGACUUGUAAGAUAUGCAAUAUAGCGAUAUUGCUUAUUACGUAACCUGUUUGCA